AUGCCUCCGAAAGUCGCAACAGAUGGUGGCGCUACUACGCUCACGCCAAAGGAGACCCAGAUGCUGGCUGUGGUAGCUUCACUUAUGGGGGACGUUCCAGAGGUUGAUUUCAACAUUGUCGCGUCUCUCGUCGGCCAGAAGUAUGCACGUAAUGCACGCUCCGCAUGUAAGAAACUGUUCGAGAAGCUGAAAGCAAACGCUCCGCCAGGCGAUUACUCGGUAAAGCCCGCAACUGCUGCCAACGCUGAAGAAACCGAGGGUGAAGAAGACGAGGAUUCUAAACCAAGUGUCAAGAAGGCCGCUGUGAAGAAGGCUGCAGGCACGAAGAAGGUCGGAGCACGUGCUGCACCAAAGAAAUCUACAGCUACGAAGAAGGGCAAGAGUUCAAAGGUCAAGAAAGAAGAAGAUAUGGAUGAGAAUGACGAUGGUGCUGAUUCUGCCCAAGCAGAGUUCGCAGACCAUAGUGAGCUCAACGGCGAAGAUGGCAAGUCACCUCCCCCAGCCCCUGCAAUCCCCAGCGAAAAGUCUACUGAAGAUCUACCUGAUGUCUCUCAUGAUGUCCCCUGGAAUUCAGUCAUGAAUGGUAUCGAGGCGACCUUCCCCGCUGGAUACAAAUUUCCAAUUGAUGCCACCGAGCUUGAGCUUUAUCAUGCUCACUCACAUCAAAUCACUGUUGAGGCGUGGAGAGUAUGGAAGGAGCAGAACAACUACUAUGAAGACCGAGCGCAUACACCAUCAUAG